AUGAAGCUGCUGCUGCUGUGUCUGGGGCUGACUCUCAUCUGUGCCCACGAUGAAGGAAGCCAUGAAGUUGUGACAAGUGACUUUGAUAUGUCAAAGAUAUCAGGGGAGUGGUAUACCAUACUCUUGGCCUCAAAUGUCAAAGAAAGAAUAGAAGAAAAUAGUGCCAUGAGGGGUUUUGUUGAAUCUAUCCAAUCCUUGGACAACUCUUCUCUGACAUUUAAAUUUCAUAUAAAGGUGAAUGGAGAGUGUACUGAAAUUUCUUUGCUUGGUGACCCAUUAGGAGGGAAUGGUGUAUAUAAUGUUAUCUAUGCUGGAUUCAAUAUAUUGUUGAUAAGUGAGGCGGUCUAUAGUGACUAUCUUAUUUUUCAAGUCAUUAAUUUCAACCCUGAGAAGCCAUUCGAUAUGAUGGGACUCUAUGCCCGAAAACCAGAUGUGAGUCCAAAACUCAAAGAGAGGUUUGGAGAACUUUGCCAAAAGUAUGGAAUUCCUGAGGAAAACAUACUGGACCUGACCGAUGAUGAUCGCUGUCUCCAGGCCCGAGGGAGCCAUGUGGCCCAGGACUCCAGGUGGGUGAUGUGUGACGGAGAGGGGGUGCCAGGGAUCACUGCCUUCCAACACCAUUAG